ACACAGCUUGUUGUAGAGGUUUAUUUUUUUUCGUCGGCUGAUAUCUUUAAAAACGACUGCUCUUAUCGCUUUUUUAAACACUAAACGGUACGCGUCCGCGCACUAUUUUUGUUCGUGGCGGCAAUAUAUGUUUUUUUUCUCUCUGGGUAAACGUGCCGGAUUUACGUUCUUUUUUCCUCCGUGGGAAGCCAUGAUGGCAGUUUGAGAGCGGAGCUGCGGAGCGCCCUGAGGAGAGAUGAGUCCCGCCGAUAAACAGCACACCGUCACGCUUCUCCAAAGGCUACCGUCGUAUUUCUAACACACAGUUCAGGUGGAGACUGUCAGUUGUCAUUUUUCACGGAACCAACUUGGCCAUCCAGCGACGACGAUGAUCAUUCGUUAGGAGGGUUUUGAGGGGGGGUUUAGCAGCGGUGGCUAGCGGGCGAUGCUAGUCGGGAAAGGAUCGCCUGUGUGUUUUCUUCUUCGCGCGGAGAUGGAGAGGAUUCGCUCCUCUCUUUGGACCUGAUCACGGCGCGCGCGCCGGACACACAGACUUCUGCCUUACUAUUGUUGUUAUUAUAUCGGAUGCGUUCCGGUUUGACCGGGCCGCGGGAUCGGAGGACCUUUUCAGCAGCUCGGAGGACUGAGCGAUCGGGACCGGGAGAGUCGGGCCUGCUGCGCCGGAGCGGAUAGAGGCCCGUCUGCGAGAAGCUGUAAUACGGCCCGCUGCGCGAGACCCACCGGGCCACAUACACACAUACACACAUACACACAUACACACAUACAUACAUACAUACACACAUACAUACAUACACACAUACACACACACACACUCAAGGGUGAGAGAGGCGCAGAGCCAUUCCGAGCAAACACAACCCCCUUUCUAACAAAAAAACCGGAAUAAAACUGAAGUGUUUUGAACUGCUGUCAUGGCAAUGACUGCAAAAAUUAAAGAAAUAGUCAGUCGGAAUAAGAGGCGAUAUCAAGAGGAUGGGUUCGAUUUGGACUUAACUUACAUAUACCCUAAUAUAAUUGCAAUGGGCUUCCCUGCUGAAAGGUUGGAGGGAGUCUACAGGAAUAACAUUGAUGAUGUUGUUCGAUUUUUAGAUUCAAAACAUAAAAACCAUUAUAAAAUUUAUAAUCUAUGUGCUGAACGACACUACGAUGCAUCCAAAUUCAAUUGUAGGGUGGCUCAAUAUCCCUUCGAGGACCAUAACCCGCCACAGUUGGAACUAAUAAAGCCCUUCUGCGAGGAUCUCGACCAGUGGUUGUCCGAAGACGAGAACCACGUGGCGGCUAUCCACUGCAAGGCAGGCAAAGGCCGCACGGGGGUCAUGAUAUGCGCCUACCUGUUGCAUCGCAGGAAGUUCUCAGAGGCACAAGAGGCACUGGACUUUUAUGGGGAAGUCAGGACCAGAGAUAAAAAGGGGGUCACCAUUCCCAGCCAGCGCAGGUAUGUGUAUUACUACAGCUACCUGCUGAAGAACAAGCUGGAAUAUAAACCCGUUGCUCUCCUCUUCCAUAAAAUGGUUUUCCAGACUCUGCCCAUGUUCAGUGGGGGCACCUGCAGGGACAGUACUGUUAAAAACAGGAGUGAGGUGAAUCCCCAGGGCUUCAAGAAAGGCAACUGGCACUGGGACCCUCAGUUUGUCGUGUAUCAGUUGAAGGUAAAGAUCCACACAUCAAACCCAGCUCACACACGGAGGGAAGAGAAGCACAUGAUCUUUGAGUUCCCUCAGCCUCUUCCGGUUUGUGGCGACAUCAAAGUGGAAUUCUUCCACAAACAGAGCAAGAUGAUGAAGAAGGAUAAAAUGUUCCAUUUCUGGAUAAACACGUUCUUCAUCCCGGGUCCCGAGGAAGCUGGGGAGAAAGUGGAGAAUGGGUCGGUGGUCAACGACGUGGACAGCCUCUCCUCUCAGAGCCAGAGCUCUCCGGCAGAGAGGGAGAGAGAGAAAGAGAGAGGGAUCACAGCGGGAGGACUUGAAAGAGAAAAGGGGGCAGAAAGGGGAGGAGAGCGAGCGGGAGUAGCGGAUGCAGAUAAAGACUACUUGAUUCUGACCUUAACGAAGAACGACUUGGAUAAGGCUAAUAAGGACAAAGCUAACCGAUACUUCUCACCCAACUUCAAGGUGAAGCUGUACUUCACCAAGACUGUGGAGGAGCCCUCAAACUCAGAAGCGAGCACUUCAACUUCUGUCACUCCGGAUGUGAGUGAUAAUGAACCCGAUCACUACCGCUAUUCAGACACCACUGAUUCCGACCCAGAAAAUGAACCUUUUGAUGAGGAACAGCACGCACAGAUUACAAAAGUCUGAACACUUUUUGGCAUCUACACACACACAGACACACACAUACACACAAACAAAUACAUGCCGGACAAAAACAAGAAAAACCAACCAACACCAGUGAAAUAAAAAAAGGAGAAAACUUGAAAAUAAACUGAAGAGAAAAGGACCCUUCCUCCCCUACCCCUCCAACAGCUCGAGGACAGUCGUGUCGAACGCCAUCGAUCACGGAUGAAGAAAAUAUCCUGACCAAUAUGUUAUUUUACUUCAUUUUGAUCGAUGAAUUUCGUGUGUGGAUAACAACACCGUUGCCUGAGGUGGGAGGGAGGGUCCUGUAGCUAUUCUGUGUAUAUAAAAUCCCUUUUUUGUGUCAAAGACGUUACAAAUCUAGGCAAUCAGGCGAGGAGAGGGGAGGGGAGGGGAGGAGAGGUAGAGCAGUCCACACAUCUCUCCUUCUCCCUGUCUUCACCCAGGCCAGUGCUGCAAUCACCCUCUCCCCCUCUCCCUCGCUCUUCCCCUCCUUACUGUGAAUGCUUCUCGUGCUGUCCGCAGGCGCUAAGACCUUUGACCCCUUCCUGCGCGGUGUGUGCUGGUGUACGUAGUCCUUCAGGCUGUUGUACAAAGACUACGGUGUGCCAGCGUUCCUUUUCCUAGCCUCACAACCUACCCGCCCCCACCCCACUGUGUAUAACGAUAAAUUAUGCAGAAAAACACGACAUCCCAUGUAAUUGUCGGUGUUUUUUUCUUUACUUUUCUUUCUUUUUUAUCCUAAGAUAAUAAAAAAUAUAAUACAUAAAA